UAAUCUAGCCAUUGCUGAUAUACUUUCACGUCUCAAUUCCUUCCGGCCCCAGAGUCCAGCUCGCUCCCUCGCUGCUCUGGAGUUCCAAGCAAUCCCCGUCUCGAACGCCAAACCAAAAGGAUUUCGAUUCCCUAAUUUCCCAAUCGUGUUCGAUUUCUUUUCCCGGCGGUAGCUUCCAGUUCCGAUUCCACCCACCCGUCUCCGAGUUUCUGUCGUCUUCUGUGGAAAUGGCGUUUUUCGGAUUCUAGGGUUUCCCGAAUCGAAUUUGCUAGCUACCGAAGUCACACUGUACCAGUUCUUCAUCUUGCUUAUCAAAAUCCUAAACAUGGCUAUCCGGGUCACCUUCAGCUUCUCUGGCUUUGUCGCCAAAAACCUAGCAUCCUCGGCCGGCCUUCGGGCCGGCCAUUGCCGCACCGCUCACGAGUGCUGGUUCCGUCCUCGGACCUUCGGUCCGAACGAGAAACCCGAGCUCGAUACGUCGGGCACGGUGCGCAAUUACCGAUCCGAUGUGAACCGUCCUAAACCGAAUAACUGGGGCAAAAAUUCGGCUUCUUUGUACUCCACUCUCGCCGGAGAGGUUCUGGGGGAUAAGUGCAAAAGCCCGAUUGUGCUGGGCUUGAUUUCGAUUAUGAAGUCAACGGCCUGCGCGUCGGGUACGUCGGCCACGGCGCUCGGCGUUUUCGGGGUUUCGCCCAUUAAGGCCUCUUUGAUUUUUCCCUUCUUACAGGGAUCGAACUGGCUUCCUUCUAGUAACGAGUCGGCUAGUGGGGUUGUGGAUAAAGGGGGAACACAGUGUUGUGAGGAGAGCUCAGAGUUCAAACACAAGACGUUUGAGAAUAGCGGGUGGUUAUCGAAGAUAUUGAGUUUCUGUUCGGAGGAUGCCAAGGCUGUGUUCACUGCUCUGACUGUGAGCUUGAUGUCCCAGUCGUUUUUGGCGGAGCCGAGAUCGAUUCCGUCGUCUUCGAUGUACCCUACACUGGAUGUCGGCGACCGCGUAUUGGCCGAGAAGGUUUCAUACUUUUUCAGGAAGCCCGAUGUUUCAGAUAUAGUAAUUUUUAAGGCACCAAUAUUAGAGGAAGAUGGCUUUUGUUCAGGCGAUGUGUUCAUCAAAAGAGUUGUGGCAGGGGCUGGAGACUAUGUUGAAGUUCAUGAUGGAAAAUUAUAUGUGAAUGGUGUUGUUCGAGAUGAAAAUUUCAUUUUAGAGCCACUUGCUUAUGAGAUGGAUCCUGUGCUUGUUCCUGAAGGUUCCGUCUUUGUGAUGGGAGACAAUCGCAACAACAGUUUUGAUUCUCAUAACUGGGGUCCGCUUCCUAUAGAAAACAUUAUAGGGAGAUCGGUGUUUCGUUAUUGGCCUCCAUCCAAAGUAUCAGACACCAUAUAUGAACCACAAGUGGGGAGGAAAGCGGUGGCAGUUUCUUCCCGUACGAGUUACGAUCGCCGACGACCGAAAACGGACAGUAACAGAGUCCGACUGUUGACGAAACAACUGAUGACAACGAGUCGUUUCCCUGUGUCCAUGUCCCUUCUCCUCCUCCACUUCCUCGUCUACGUUCAAUUCCCAACCUUAAUUCUAGCAUUUAUUCCUUCCUCAAACACCUCGAACUCAAGCCACAACUACAUACAGGAUGUUUUGAAGGAAAUAUCGGCGAGGCAGAGUUGGGAUUUGAAUGACGUUAGGGUUUCGAAGUUGGAUCUGAAGAAGGUCCGGUUUGGGAGUGCUCAACGGUACGAAUAUCGGGUCGCGUUUGGCAGGAAUCGACUGGUGUUGAAAUAUGUGGAUGGAGUGGAUUCAUGGAAAAAGCUCGGGACUGAAAAAAGCGAUUUUGGGUCUUUGGUCGGCGAGGUUGGUUCUAUGGGCGUGCUUGAUACGUUUAAAGUGGAGGGUCCGUUUGAGUUGCUGGUCGGUGGUAGCGACGAGGUUUCGCUACAGUUGCCGAUGACCACUUCUAUUAAGGGCUUGAAUCGAGUUCUUGUUGGUGAAGGCAUCACGGUGGAAGUGAGAAGAGCGCAAGAAGUCUCUCUCUUUCAUUCAUCCAAUCUUGGUUUUUUGGUAAAUAGAAGUAUUGUGAAUAACAAGGUGAAAAAUGAAUUCUGGGCCUUUCAGCAUUCUAUGUGCAUCCCAUUACUUCCUAUACAAGUUCUAGGGGCUGCAUCAUUAGUUGCAUAUAAGACUCGAAAUAGGGAUGCAUACAUUGAAACUAAAUUUGUUUCUAAGGGCACCAUUGAAUUGUUGCCUGAGAAGUGUUACAGAGUCUUCAAGGAGCGUGAUUGCCCCAUUGAUUCCUUGAGUUCGGGGAUUGCCAUGGUGGAAAGAGUUUUGCGGAGCUUUCUUGGUGAUAGAAUUCUUCAAAAACAUUUGAGAUUCCUCAAAACUAAGAUCAAGGCAUCUGCUAUCAUCCGCUUUCAGCUAGAACUGGAAAGACAUGUCAGGAGCAACGACACUCUCCACGCUAAGUUGGCAGAGUGGAGAACAAAGCCAAAUAUCCAAAGAAUAUGGUUUGAGGUAAUGGCAAGAGUUGAAGCAGAGAGGCUGAAGCCCCUUUCAAUCGAGAAGGUGAAUCCUUUCAUUGGAGUAGACACAGUUUCAUGGAGCAAUUUAAUGGCGAAUGUGUCCUUUACACAGUUAGGGUCCAUCCUUGUUCCUCCUGAGGCUCUAACUCUGGAUGUGAAGUGGUAGGAUGAAAUUGUUGUAUUAUAGUUGUGAUUUGUGUCAUUUUCUGCCUUGUUUGAUGAUGAAUUGUGCAAGCUACCUGUAUCAAGCGCACUUUUAAUUGGUUCUCAUGUACAUAAAUUUCCAAGAAAACGAGGAAAUGAAUUCAAUUUGCAAACUAGAUUCUAUCCA